UUUCUACGCUGACUUUGGUCCUUUGAACCUGGCUAUGUUGUACCGCUACUGUUGUAAGCUGAACAAGAAACUUAAGGUGUGUUUUCGGUGCCUUGUAUCUCUUUUUUCGAGCAACAACACCGCGAUAACAUAUCAGUUUGUUUGAUAUAACUUGCAAGAUCUAUCUUUUCGAUCCUUCGGGGCUUCUUUACUAAUAUAAACUGGCGUUCUCCUGAAGUGACAUGCCCUCGCCGAGGGAAUUAGAUUAUGGAAGCCGUAUUCUUUAAACCCUGCGUGCCGUUUUCUGCCCUUUAAACUGAUCAAAAAUGCGCAUUUUCAUCUAGAGAUACAGUAAAGGAAGUUAUGUCUAGACAAACGAAUGAUUUGAAUAUGUAAGAUUGAGAGGAAACAUCUGACGAGUGUGUUUUCACUGUUUACGAUUUCCCGUAAGCUUAUAUUUGCUUAUUAAAGCUUCCCAUUUGUAUAAUGACUUAAAUAUUGGACGCCAAAACAGCCCUUUUCCUUGUUAGGUCCCCAGGAUUUUCUCUGAGGACUUUUAAGAGCCUUUAAAAGUUGUUAAAUAUUCUAUCGCUCCGUCACAAUUUGGCUCAAAUGUUGUGGUUUUGUAAAAACAUGGCUUCUUGCGACCAAAAUGGAGUUGUGGUUUUGGAAUUUUGCCCCGUGCUUCUUUGUAUUCUAGGGCAAAGGGUAGAAAAACGGUGAUAACUUAGUUUAAAACUGACCUUUCAUUGAAAACCCUGUCACAAAUUUUGCUCGCCAAAGGAAAACCGUAAAAAUCCAUUAGGUUCGAAUUUAAAUUUCUGCAAGGUGCGUGUGAGCUUGAUUAAAUUCUUUCGUGCGGUUAAAGAAUCUUCGCGCGUACCUGGAAUUAGUUCUUAAGCACAGUAGUUAAUUCUAUUCAAUGAAACCUAAAUUUAUUAUGAGAAAGUGUAUAUAAACUUUGUAUCCAUAGAGAGGUUUGGUCUCAUGAAUGUUAUGAUCAUUAUUGAAAUCAUUAAGUUUUUAUAGAUCCCCGGUCAUUACGCAGUUGUUAUGAAUUUAAGCUUAAUAGAGCAGUUUUAGAAUACCCGGUCAUUUGUAUAACAUGAAAACUUAAGCAUCCCAUCGUUUAGCAGCUAAUAAUUUCGUGGCAGGGCGUUCAUCCAAGCUUAUUGCUUGCACAGUGAUGUUGUGAUAUUCACCCAACCUCACAAGAUACAUGCUCUGAAAGAACCCGUAUAAAAAUAAUGCUUCUGUGCGCAUUCUUUGAUGCAUGUCUGCUUGUAACAGUUUGUUUAUGAAGCUAUGAAAAUGUUGAAUGAUUUGCAUUGUAGAUAUCUCUGUGACUUAGUAUGAUAGAAAACCAACUCAGCAAGGUUUCCUCUUGAUCUUCCAUUUUUUUGUUAUGGAUAUUUUUCCCAUCUCAGACGGUCUUUUGUGUUCUUCUUUUAUUUUAAGUGAAGAUAUUGCAAUAGCCCCAGGCUAGUAAGGCACACCUUUAGACGUGCAUUUUUAAAAUUAUUACAAGUUGUCUGACGGGCAAAUAACAUUUGCUGAAAUACACAAUGUAACUUAAAGGGGGUUGGUAGGUUUUGGGAACGAAUCUUUCCACUUCUUUUACAAGUCAGUAAAGUGUACUUGUUGAAAGAUUCCAUAACCAAGGACUUUCCUAAAGGACAAUGUUCCAUCAGUGAUUGCCAAAUCUUGGACACUUUUUUGGUGAUUUUAAGGAAGGUUUGACUGUCAUUUAAAGUAGUUUAUUGACUGGAUGGAAAUGAGUUUUUGUGUCUUUGUUUACCAUUCCAGUCCUUCUCUCUUGCAAAGAAGAAGAUUGUUCAUUACACAUCAUUUGACAGUAGAAAAAGAGCUAAUGCAGCAUACCUUAUAGCAGCAUAUUCUGUGAGUAUGAUAUUUUUUAUCUAGGGUGAUGUAUUUAGGUCUUGUCAAAAAGUGGUUGGAGUAUGUACCUUUAUUUUAUGAUUAAAAGAAAAGUGUAUUACAACAUGGCCAAGGCUCAAAUUGACCAUCAGAUUUGAAAUUUGACUUUUUAGCCUUUUUGUGUUGUCAGUUUUAGCUUGUUGUUAUGCUGACAACAUCACCCUAGGACUGUUGGGUACAUUUCUUUAGGGAAUAUAAUGAUGAAUAUUGAUCAAUAAUAUAAAUAUUGUUUUUGUAGAUUAUAUAUUUGAAGAGAUCUCCUGAAGAGUCAUACAGGCUUCUAAUAACUGGUUGUAACCCACCCUUUUUACCAUUUAGGUAUGUUCAUCACAUUUAUGGUAAUUUUUGGUAACUUUAUAUUUAUAACACUCUUUAGUUUCUUUUGAAUUAAAACUUUUUCAAAAGACUCAUCAUCAGCUAUGAUGGAGAAUGUCCUGUCAUUUUUUGGCUGCUUUGUUGCCUUAGACACUGGAAGCUUUGUCUCACUUUUUUAAGUGCUAAAUAUCCUUACUCAGUUGUAUGUAUGGAUGGGAUGUUUUCCUGGGGAUAUUACAUGUACACGUAUAACCCUGUGCUGAACUACAGCUGUAUAUGUAGUAUCCUGUCCAGGAAUGAGCAGUUUCCCCCAACUGAUUAAUGUUACAGAAAUGGAGUAAAGCUGUCACCAUUUAGCCCUACAUAUAUGCCUCAUAUAAAUGUGCGACAAUUUUGCUUAAAGAUUCUUAUGUUUUUUUCCAGGGAUGCAUCUUUUGGAGCAUGUACAUAUAAUCUGUCUUUAGCAGAUGUUCUUAGUGGUCUUUAUAAGGUAAGAAACUUUCUUAUUCCUUUCGGAGAGAUUCACCAGUGGAAAAACAAAUAUUAAUUUGUGACUCUUUUAUCCUUCUCUUGUCACUUUCAGUCUUUACAGAAAGGAUUUUUUAACUUUGAUACUUUUGAUGUUGCUGAGUAUGAGUACUACGAGGUAAGAACUGUUGGGGGGGAGGGCGUGGUACCAGGCUACAAGUAUAUAAUCAGUGAUUUUGUUAGAAAUAGUUAUGGUGAGUCCUGGGACUCAUCUUGUGAAAAAUCAUGAGUCCAAGUCCAUAACCAGUGGGUCCCAGUUCAAAUGAAAUAAGGAUUCAUUCUUGGGCCUUUAUGUAACCAGACAGUUAAUGUGGAGACAGAUGCCAAAACUCUUUAGCCACAUUCACUGAAAUUAAAAUAUAUACAGUAGUCAUUCUAGGUACAUUUAAAGCAUAAAAAGGCAAAAAUAAAUAUGCAUCUUUAAACAACAGCCACAGAAAUCACAUGAACAGGAUAUUCUACCAAAAAAUCUCCAAAUCGAUCGAUCGUUCUUUGUGCCGUAUGGGAUUCAUGCCAUGAUUAUUUUGUGUCCUUGGGGAUUUUUAUGUGUCAGGGACACAGGACGUAGAUGUAACAAAAUCACUAUAUAAUGUUAGAUCUUGAGAAUUUAUUUUUCCUUAGUUACGUGUAAAAUUUUUAUUCUAGCUUACGACUGCUUCUGUGGUGGGCCUUUUCUCAAAUAUUUUUUUUGUUCUUACAGAGAGUCGAAAAUGGAGAUUUUAACUGGAUUUUACCUGGUGAGUUCAGUGGUUCAAAACAUUGCAUUUUUCCUUCCAAGUUACCAGCAAUACUGACACUUUAACAAGUUAUUGCUCUGCGUGAGUUCCUUCUAGGAAAAUUUAUUUUGAUAAAUUAAUGCUCAUAGUGAAUCUCACUCAUAUUCACAUGUAUCUUUCUUUGAAGAAAUUUAUAGUAAUAUCUAUAAUUAUCUGUCCAGUAAAUAAUAAUUCUUAUAUUAAUUUUUUUCUUAUUUUUUUUUUCCAGACAAAUUCUUGGCUUUUAGUGGACCUCAUAAUAAAAGUAGAAUUGAAAAUGGUAAUUAUUAGCAGUAAUGUGAUAUCUUAGCUGCAGCUGGAAGUUGGGUUUAAAAGUUUUGUAUGCCACUGACGUUUUCUUCAUUUUCUUUUAAAAAAUAGAUAUUACUUUGAAAACAAGUCAGUGACAAACAGAACUUUGACAUUACAUUCUUAUUUUUUACCUCUCCUAAAUUUUUGUGGGAGUAUGGUUACUUUAGGUGAAAUCAGACCACUCACAAAUUUACACCUGUUAAUUUUAUUUUUGUUAGGUUAUCCUCUGCAUGCACCAGAAUCUUACAUUGACUAUUUCCAGAAGCACAAUGUGACAGCAGUCGUCAGACUUAACAAGAAAUUCUAUGAUGCAAAACGAUUCAGCGAUCAUGGCAUUGAUCACUUUGACCUCUUCUUUGUUGAUGGAAGCACCCCUAGUGACUCAAUAGUUAGGUGAGUCAUGGAAUGAAGAUGAUGAAGAUUGUCGCAGUGCUUCUGCAUGAGCACUGCAGUCUACCGAUUACCCCCAAUUUUUUUUUUUCUGGUGGUCAUGGUGAGCUCAAGGAUGACCAACUUUGUUUGUUUGUUUUUAGGCGGUUCUUAAAUAUAGCUGAAAACACCAAAGGAGCAGUUGCAGUACACUGUAAAGGUGAGUUCAGUUGUUUUAUUCAAUCAGCAGGAAUUUUAGGAAGCUUUUGAUGAAGUUAUUGAGUUCAAAAAAGCUUGAAUUCCACCUUACAAAAUGUAAUAAUUGCGUAGCAACAUUUUGUUGCUUUUUUUUGGCCCACGUGUAAAAGACACUAGAAAAUCUCAUUAAAACAACCAGGUUAGUCAUGUCCUUUUUUGUUGGCAGUUUUAUUAAUGGGGUUUCAGCAUUCUUUCAGCUCUAUUGAAACUUAUUUAUGUGGGCAUGUAGUUAAGUAGUUUGCUGCAAAGAUCAUUUUUAGUCACCUGCUUGCUUCACAAUGGAACUGUAAGCUGUUGGUUGGUAGACAUUUAAACUGAUGUCUGAGUUUUAUGUUACAGCUGGUCUUGGUAGAACUGGAACUCUUAUUGCAUGUUACAUCAUGAAACAUUACAGGUUUACAGCAGCAGAAGCCAUCGCUUGGUUAAGGUAUGGAAUAGUCUAAUCAUUGGGUUCAGUAUUAUGCAUGUUCAAUCCAUUUAUGUUCAUUAAUGGUGUAAUGGCGCGUAGUUGAGUUUAGGUUGUCUUCUCUGUUGUUAAGUUAUGCUCCUGUUGCUUCAUCGGCACAGCCACGUGCACUUUAAAGGCAUAUUGUUACUAAUAACUCAAGGAACAAUAAUAGAUAUGUUAAAGAUUUGUGUUCAUGUCAUAAUGUUGAUUUCAUUGAUCCUUAACAGAAUUUGUCGUCCCGGGUCAGUGAUUGGUCCACAGCAGAACUUCUUAGAAGAGUAAGUCAGAGCAACAUUAAAUAUACAUUGACAAGUUAAAUAGACCUCUAUAGCUUGUAUGUUUUAUUCCCUAAUGAAGGUCUCGGGGGAAUUUGCCCCUUUGUCGUUUCAUAGAUUAUGCGUACAUAUGCACAUGAAUAAGAAAAAAUUUGAACGAAACAGUUUUCUAGAGUAUUAUCAAAUGACAGACAUUGGGAAACAAAACAUAUAAGCUAAACAGGUCUAUUUCAUAGUUAACUUUAUGGUAAUUUCAUAGAUAACAUUAUUUUGGUUAACAAAAAAGGGAUCGGGAGAUAUAUUUGACAUAUCUAGUUUCAUGUGUAACUCAAAUUUCUAACACUCCAGCAGGUGUUAGGUUUUAAUGAAAGCCCUGCAUUUUAUACUUACUAUUUUAUUUAGAAAAAGUAUAAUCAUUAUUUCUCUUCAUUUAGAAAACAAGCGAGUCUGUGGAUACAAGGUGACAUAUACAGAUCAAGGGAACAAGAAAGAGCAGAAAAAGGUAUUUAAUAGUAACAAUUUAGUGGUAGCAGUAAGUAACAUGGUUCUAUGUCUUCUGUUGUGGAUCAAAUUGAAAGUUGGAAGUACUGGUUGGAAGUGUAUCUUGAAAAAAACAUCAGGGAGCAAGGACAAGAACCAUCAUCAAAACUCAACUCACAUGAUAAUAAUUUUAUUUAGUGCACAUCCAGGAUUUGAAGUCGGGCCACUUUGGUAGGAAGCAGAUGCUCUCACCACUGCUCCACCCUUGCCCCCCUCCUACCCCCCCCCCCCCACCACCAUACAACCAGGCUGUCAGUGAGAAGCUAACUUUGUGCCUUGUGUUAAUGAUGACAGGUGUUGACAAAUGCCCUGUGAGCAGGCUCAUUAAUGGUGUGGACACCAUAAAGAUAGAAGAUUCUGGAAAUGCAAGGACACCUAAGUAUUACAAGGUACUGUUGUCGCUAUUUUUUUUCUAAGGUAAUUAUUAUUGUUUAUCACUGUUAUUCACAGUGAGUGCCAUGAAUGUUUGUAAUAAUUUGUUAAUAGUAAUAUUGGUGUGCUUACAGCUGUAGCAACCAUCAGUGGGUGCGUUGAAGUUUACAUGUAAUGUCUCUUUGUCAUAUAACAUGUUUAUCUUGAAUAGCUAAUUAUUUCUGCCAUUUUAUAAACUGGACCCUUUGAACUUGAAAAUUGUGUCAAAUUGUGUCACAAUGACACCAAAACGUCCUUCUUUUUUGAGUGCGGUACAAUAAUUUUUGAUUUAUUUCACUGGUUUUUUUCUCGUAUUUUUCUGCUUGUGAAUUGUUCAAGGUGCGAUCUUGAUAGCUCAAAGUUUGGCAGCUUUCUUGCGAUCAGCUGACUGACAUUUUGCCGUACCAUGCAACCGGGGAACCAGUAGUUGUGCUGCAAAAGAUCGGCUUUCUUCUCUCUGAGAAAGAUAUCAUUAUAAAGUGUGAAGUUUUUCUGUUCUGUUUAAAGGAUUUAACACCUAUUCUCCGUGCUACCGGCACCCCUUCAUCAGGAGCUUCUGUUAUAAGUGGCAGGAGCAGCAUUCUUUCUUCCAAGGAAAUAACUGUAACCAAAGAUGCCAAUGACAAUGAAGAGACUACGCAAGGAGAUGAGUUAAGAAGACUCAAGACAAGUCGUGCCCUGCGGCACCCAAGAUCAGCCACAACAGGGGGGCUAAAGUAAGUUGUCAUGAUCAUGGCAGUGCUCUAAGGAAAAUUGAACGGAGCCCAGUGCUCUGAAACUGUAAAAUUUAGGGUGCCCAGCAUAUGAUUCGUAUGAAAAAUCUGAGAUUUUCUAGUUGCCCGAGGGCAUAAAAAUCUGAGAUUUCUCAAUAGUUGCCCGAUCGCCGCAUAGCCCCUUACUUUGUGUUUAAGUCGCUUUUCUUUGCUUUGUUUUGACACCUCUGGCUUUGCUGAAGAGCCUCCUACUUUAUCAGUGAUCACCUCCUACUUAAAAAUCUAUUGAGAACCCUGUGGUCAAUCAUUUAAUUUGAGGUUUUACAGUAGUUGGUUGUUAGGACCUUAAGUAUUUAGUGUGAUUUUUUUUACCAAGUUAAUGAUGCUUAUGUGGUAAUCUCUUCUCAUGUUACUCUGACUUUUCACUUAAGUACCUUGUAUUAAUAUUUUCUAAGUGCCACUUCUUAUCAGGAAGGAGGGGGCUCUUUGGGUGCUGAAAUUUUCAGAUUUGUGUGUACUCAAUGUUCAAGGUGCAUUUCUGUGGGAGAGUCCAGGAUUAGAUUCUAAAUAAAUUUAUUAGAUCAGUAAACUGGGAUUGUUACACCAGAAAGAAACAAAAAGGGCCACAAGUGGAAUGAAGAAAUGUUUGAACCAUAAACUGGAAGAUCCAGAUAUAGAUUUGAUACGACAAAUCCAGAGUGUUGAUUGUUCAGACCUUUUUAAGAUUCAAAGUGGACGGACUGCAAAUUAUAGUAGUUGCUAAAAAAAUAUAUAUCUACGUGUUGCACCUGUCACAAUUGGUUUCGGCUCCAAUGAAUCCUAUACCAAUUGCAGAACAUUUUAGGAGGAGCCACCCACCAUGUAAGCACAGUCACGGACAACACAUAUAAGUGAGGAAAAUAACGCAAAAUAAAAUUAAGAUGGCUUUUUCUUGUUUGCAGGUUAGAGGAUGGUAGAAUAGGACAUACACGGUCUACUACUGGUCAGUCUCUAAAGUAAGUAAUAAUGUUCUUAAAGAGGUCCUUCACUAAAAUCAGGGCUGUCAAAAAGUUUUUAAGUGGCAGGCUGAUAAUGAAUAGUAGGCAGCUUUGAAACUCGCACCAAAGGCACAAGUUCUUGAGGGCCAAAGCAAUUAGGGAUAUUUUGGAAUUUAGAGUCUCAGAAAUGCCAUUUCCAGGGGUUUUCAAGAGGUAUUUUUCCACCGCGGACGCCAUGUUGCUUUGCCAGAACAUAUGCUAGACUGGGAACAGUGCUGUCGAAAUGCCCCAGGUGUUUCACGACAUCGCACAGUUCGAAUGUUUCACAGAUCUAAACCUGUUUAAAUAUCUGUUCAAUGUCAUUCAUCAUCAUUAUUCGAUGGUACUUAUUUCUUGUCAGCAGUUAUGGUAGAAGGAGAUGAAAUAGCCAGCUAAGGGUGGCUAACUAGCUGGCAGUGAUGGUCGGUUUACCGGUCCUUAUUGACAGCCCUGCUACAAUAUGCCAAUUUAGAAAAGAGGACGAAACUGGAAGCCGAAAUGCAUCCCGCAGUUAUUUCUGGGAUUGUUACCAAGGACGUGCCGGUCAGCUAUAGGCCAAUUUUUUUCCCUGUCUGUAGUAGCAGUCCCAGAAGUAAAGUGAAGUGCCCCAGUGGUGAAUUAAUAUUAGGAUUCAAGUGAAGAUAACAUUUUAUUCCUCGAAUAAGUGCCUAGGUGCUUAACAAAGGGGCAUUUAUUAAGUUUGAAAAGUCUCAAUUACUGAUCUAAAAUGUGUUUUCAACAGGCUUGGGACCUCUGCUGGUAUGCAGUCAGUCAUGUCUCCGCUGAAAACGUCCAAGGUGUCUGCUUUGCCACGUAGAACAACAAGAACCUCAUCACACAUGUUGAGAAGGUAACAAUGGGAGGAAUUUUUUUCUCAAAGAUUUUGGCCUCAUUCUUCUUACUUUAAGCCAGUAAUUUCAAGCCCUGGACUUGUGGGAAUUUCACGCUCAAGCAAAAAAAUUUGAUAUAUUUUUCAGCUAAAUUUGGUGGAAUAAAACCCAGGAUAGUUCACGUGUGCAGGGCUUCUGACAGGGUGGGGGGGAAAAAAUUAACAUUUUGGGGGAUUUUGGAAGCAAAUUGUGCAGGGAAUAUCUUGAAUUGUAUAGGAAUUGUGCGAGAUUGUAAAAUGUUUCUCAAAAAUAAAAUGGGCUUGUUAAGGAAAACAUAACUACUAAUAAUCCCUACUGAAAGAACUUCGCAUUGAUACAAACUUCAAAGAGUAUGACACAGUUAAUAAACUAUUGAUAAGUGAUCAUGAAACAAUUAUUUAUAUAACAUUUAUCAAUUACUUUGAUAAAAAAAACACCAGUAAUAUUGCAUCCUUUUAUACAACUGGGACAUUUUAAUUAUUAUCAUAACAUUAAUUCCUCUUUUUCUUUCCAGUCGGAUGACUUCAUCUCGAGUGAGCGGCAGAGCACUUAACCUUGCUGCGUUAGCAAAGACAUGACCAACAGAUUCUGAGCCUUGUUAUAGCAAUCAGUGGAACCUAAAAGCCGGCAGUUUGCAAACAGCUUGUUUGUAAGCAGUUUACGUUGACUUUCAGCUCGACCUUUGUUGUAAGUUCUCGGUGAAAAAAACUUACGGUAUAAUUUAUAUCUUUCCCCCAUCUCCUGCCCUACUGCUCUGAUAGAAAUUUGUAGCAUGAUUGUUCUUGGAGUGAAAUUACAAUGAAAACUAGAAGUGGCACUGUAAGAAAGAAGUGACAAAUAGAAAUACUGGAGGAUGCAAAGCAGACAGGAUGCCAGGAUGUACGUAAAAUCAGCUUUGUACUCACUGAAAACAAUGAUGCAGAUAUUGGAACACUUGAUCAUGCUCUGUGCUGUAAGGGAAAUGUUGCUCAAAGCUUCUCAAUUGAAGUAGUAGUUAAGAAGGUCACUGGUGGUCCUAUCCAAUUGGAAUGCUGCAUUUGUAUCAUGUGACUAUAAUGGACCAAUCAGAACAGUCAACACUGGAUUUGGUCCAGGCCAUUUGUGGAAGUGACAGCGAGGUAUGAAUAGCACCUUGUGUGACAGUGUAAUCAAUGAAACUAAGAGUCAACCCAUUUUCAUGCAUCUUCUAAAACUGUAGCUACGAUCACCUCUGUGUAAUUUAGAGGUCCCUUGUAGCUCUUUUGCAUGGCAUUGUACAAAUUUUGAAAAGCCAUUUUAUUGGGAAUUUGAUCACCUUAACGUAAUUGAGGAUAGUUUUAUUAUAAUUUAUUGUUUUUACAAAAAUUGUAAUGAUCAAUCAGUUGGUAAUAUUUGCCAUAGCCACUCAAUUUUCCAGGCUAAUAUGGCCUUUUGCUGAGAUAAGAAACACUCUCAUUCAGAUUUGAUAUCUUUUAAGUACCGAUAACAGUAAUGAAAAUAAAAAAAUAUGAAAUAUGAAAUUCAACUUUCAAAAUUGGCGUCAGUCAGUUUUGGCUGCUCUUUGAAGGAGCUGUGUCACGAAGUUUAUCAAAAUUCAAACAAAACUGCCACAAAAUUGGGUUCAACAUAAAAAUAACAGCUCAAAACUUUAAAAUAACGUAUAAAUAACACAGCUAGUACAAAGGGAGACACGGAUGGACAAACUUGGAGAAGAUUGAAACGGAUUGCAGUUGUGGUUUGUGAAAACUUGUUAGCCUAACACUUUUUCAAACUUCAUUUUUGUCGUUUUUAACUUUUGACAUAAUGCUUGGGAGACAUUUGCCAUGGUAGAUCAGGGGAAGGGGCCCGGGAGAGACCAGGGAAAACCGUCCCCCUUAUCUAAGGGUCUGGAUGACCGAGCCCCCAACUUAUCUCUAGGUCUGGGUCCAGCACUGAUUUGUUUGAGACAAACCUGUGAUUUUGUCGUUCACAAGUAAUUUUUCAAUUUUCAUAGCGAAUAAGGGCGCGUAACUGGCAUUUUAAACAAAUUGUACUGAACAAGCGUGACACAGCCCCUUUAAGUCAAAUAUUAAAGUAUUGAGAUAUGAAUCCAACAUUGAAAUAAGUCCUUGUUUUCUUCUACAGUUUAGAAGUAUCUAUUUCUGAUCCUUUCGUUGUCUUGACAAAAAGCCAUAUUAGUUGGAAAACAAAAUAUUAAAAGGGCUAUGUCAGUUGAUAAGUAAACUUCGGGUUUGCCUGUGUGUAUAUGGCGUGGUAUAUCACGACCUUUUAGCUGGUUAUUUACUGUCCAGCGAUAGAUAUAUACAGAUUCAGUGUAUGUACUUUAUAUUCUAAAUUAUUUUUGUAUGGAACGUUUCCAAGAGAAGUGUGUUUUUAGGGGGUUGUUGUUUUAUUGGUAUAAGGUGUCUAUUUUUAAUCAUACACAAAGUAUGCGUGUUAUUAACUAUAUUAUUCUCAAACUUAACCAUGGACGAGACCUCUUCAGCACUUUCACAUGGUGCUACCUAUUAUGCGUGCCUUUUACUUUUCAGUCUGUGGAUGAAAUCCUUUGUUGUUACCAUUCAAAUGAAAGCUACUGAGCAGUACUUUCCUGUGGUACUGUUCAUAACGUUUUGCAAGAGGGUCCUAACUUUUGAGUCUGUUGACAAAUUCCUGUUGUGAAACCUUUCAAAUUACUCCCCUUUUUUGGUACUUUCACAUGGUACUAUUUCUUGUCAUUGUGGUUUUUUUAAUUAGCAAGGUAUUUUAACAACGUUGUGUUAAAUCAUGAAAGGUUGUAAAUUCAUGUGUUAUACAUAUUUUUGGUUUGCAACCACGGGAAAAGGCGACCAUGUUUGUUAACAAAACAACACAAAUUUUGUUCGCGGAAUUUCCAUGAGUUCCUAGCGGAGGGUAACGGGUAACGUUUUUGUCAACCAGCAUGGCUGUCGGGACUUCAGCUGCAAACCAGCAAUUUGAAGCGAAGAAGCAAGUUAACAUAGUUUAACUCGGCAAAUAAGAUUUACAUGAAC